CCCAUCGAGUUCCCACUGCGCAACGCAAUGUGACGCCUCCAAACGAAAUCAAGUUGAAUAUUAUUGAUGUUUGGUGUGUAUCUAGUCGCAAAAGUGGUGUUUUGAUAGUGAAAAUAGUCAAAAUAAAACUUUAAAUCACUCAAAAUUGACUGAUAUUAUUUGGUGAAAUGGCAGAUCCAGGCUUUCCAGGACAACACACAACCACCACGACUGUUACUUCAAACACAACAGUCCAGACUAACAUUAGAUAUGAUCCUACCUAUAUUAGGACUCUGCCUGGCAUUCUCAAAAUCGCAGAGAUUGUCCUAAACCUCUUGGGCUUCAUCUGCAUAGAAGUGAGUGCCUUUUCAUACGUUUCCCGGGGUAGUUUCUUCAUUUUCGUCGCAAUGACAGGCUUUUGGUUCACCGGCUUUCUCCUCCUCUUCUACCUUUUCCAUAUCAUAGAGAAAUUCUACCGAAUUCCAUGGUUAAAAAUCGAGUUUGGUUUUGACGCCCUGUGGGCAUGUCUAUAUCUCAUAGCUGCAUGUCUUGCAGCUACGUAUGGAAUUGAAGCCUUUGCUGUCGCAGCCUUUUUCGGCUUCUGUGCAAUGGUGGUGUACGCAGGAGACGCGUAUUUGAAGUUCAGGGCAGCAAUGAGUGGCGAGUUGGCCCAAGGCGAAAGAGUCAUCAACAAACAAACGACGACGACUACAUCACCUACCCAUUAUUAGAAGUGUUGAAAAUGGUAAUCGUCUGUUAAUUACUUAAUAUUUAUACUGAUUCUCAAAAUGUAUGUUAUUGUAUGUAUUGUUGGAUGCUUUAUCGAAUUGUUUCUUCUUGUGCACUCUCGCCAUAUACUUAACUUCAUAUCAAAGAAUGCGAGGACCACAUAUUUGUAACAUAUUUUUUUUUAUUUAAUAUACCUACUUAUUCUUGUGUAAUAAGAACACUGUACAAAUUUGUAGAUUUUAAGAAGUUUAUGAGCCACUACUUGCAUCAGCAGGUGGUCCCUAAGUCAAAUUUGACAUGGAUAAAUUAUUGUUUUUAGGUUUACAAUUUUCACAAAAUUUUGAUAGGGUAAACCUCAAGAUGAAUAAUUUUUUAAUGUCAAAUUGCAUAAAAGAUAUCCGAAAUCGGUCACCAAAAGUCGUAAUGAUUGUAAAUUGUUUUUAUAAUACAACGAAUCUAAAAUACUAUAUUUGUACGAUUGAGGUUUACAUCUUUUUUUAAUAAAAAUCACUAUUACAUCAUCCUUA